UGGAUCUAUUGUCAGGAGAGGAAAUUGGAAUCAAACAGCAGCAAGAGGCAGCUGGGCGGUCACAUCUGGGAAUGCAAAAUCGACCUCCCCCUCCUCCCGUCUCACCCUGGAUCACUUCAGAAAGCACUUCUGCUUCAUCCCCAGCCUCAACCAGAGGGAUUUCUUUCAUGGGGAUGUGUUCAAGGCAAGAGAGAAUUCAGAAGGAUAUCGACAUUGUGAUACAGAAGUCCAAGGCAGAGAAGGACUGUCUGUUUGCAGAUUUCAGAUACUCUGACUCCACUUUUACUUUCACCUACGUUGGAGGCACCAAAAGUGUAUCCUAUUCAGUGCAUGUAUCAGAAGAUUAUCCAGAUAAUACAUAUGUUUCAAGUUCAGACAAUGAUGAAGAUGUGCUAGUCACCACUGAGCCAAUUCCCAUAAUUUUCCAUCGAAUAGCAACAGAAUUAAAAAAACCCAAUGACAUUCCGUGUUGUUUAUCCAUAAAAUCAAAAUUACAAAAGGAAAAUGGAGAGGAGUCAAGACAAAAUAGUACAGUGGAAGAAGAUUCGGAAGGAGACAAUGAUUCAGAAGAAUUUUAUUAUGGAGGGCAGGUGAACUAUGAUGGGGAACUUCACAAACACCCACAGCUGGAAGCUGAUUUGACAGCAGUGAGAGAAAUAUAUGGGCCUCAUGCAGUUUCUCUCAGACAUGAAGAGGGAACACAGAAGGAAAGAUGUAAAAUGGAUUUGGAAUCAAACGGGGAAUAUGGAGCCAUUGAUGAUGUAGAUAUUGAUCUGCAUAUUGAUGUUAGCUUUCUUGAUGAAGAGAUUGCUGUGGCUUGGGAUGUGAUUCGUACGGAGCCUAUAAUAGUCCGAUUGCACUGUUCACUUACACAAUAUUUAAAUGGCCCAGUGCCCACUGUGGAUGUGUUUCAGAUUUCCACAAAAGAGAGAUUUGGAUUGGGACAUCAAUUAAAAAAAAUCAUGCAGACAUAUGUUACGCAACAAUGGAAACAAAGCAAAGAAAAAUCCAACUGCACACACAAUAAGAAGCUCUCAGAGAAGAAAGUGAAAUCCCCUCUUCACAUAUUUUCUACCUUGCGCAGGUCGCCGAGUUAUCCUCCCCCAGGUUGUGGUAAAAACAAAUCCAAACUGAAAUCAGAGCAAGAUGGCAUCUCCAAAACUCACAAGCUGCUGCGAAGGACUUGUUCCAGCACAGUCAAGGCUGAGGAUGUGUGUGGAACCAAGGCCCACAGGACCUUUGGUCGCUCCCUGUCCAGCGACCCCCGAGCUGAGCAGGCUGUGACAAUUAAAUCGCACAAGCUGCUGAGCCGUCCCUGUGCUGCAGCUGUCAAACAGGAGGAGUGCAUCACUCUAAAGCCGCAUAAACUAUUGACUCGCUCUUGUUCUGGGGACCCUCGAUGUGAGCACAACAGUACUUUGAAGCCCCACAAACUGCUAAGCAGGUCUUACUCCAGUAACCUGAGAAUGGAGGAACUAGAUGGGUUGAAGAAUCACAAGUUACUCAGCAAGUCUCACCCCAGUGCCCCCAAGUCAUCCAAAACAGAGCUUUUCAAGGAACCUAUUGCAGAGGGGAGGAGACUCUCUCUAACCUCAGGGCUUAUUGGUAUCUUAACACCGUCUACAUCUUCAUCGCCCCAGACUGCUCCAAAUUAUAAUGCAAAAUGCAUUCCAGUACGAGACCGAGGUUUUCUUAUACAGACAAUUGAGUUUGCUGAGCAACGGAUACCUGUACUAAAUGAAUACUGUGUAGUAUGUGAUGAACCCCAUGUGUUUCAAAAUGGCCCCAUGUUAAGGCCGACUGUGUGUGAACGUGAGUUAUGUGUAUUUGCUUUCCAAACUCUUGGAGUAAUGAAUGAAGCUGCUGAUGAAAUAGCAACUGGGGCUCAGGUGGUAGACCUGCUUGUGUCUAUGUGUCGAUCUGCCUUGGAAUCCCCCAGGAAAGUGGUUAUUUUUGAGCCAUAUCCGUCUGUAGUAGAUCCUAAUGAUCCACAAAUGCUGGCAUUCAAUCCUAGGAAGAAGAACUAUGACCGAGUAAUGAAAGCUUUGGAUAGUAUUACAUCUAUUAGAGAAAUGACACAGGCACCAUAUUUGGAAAUCAAGAAACAGAUGGAUAAACAGGACCCCCUUGCUCAUCCUUUAUUGCAAUGGGUUAUUUCAAGUAAUAGGUCGCAUAUUGUGAAACUGCCAGUUAACCGGCAAUUGAAGUUCAUGCACACUCCCCAUCAAUUCCUCCUUCUCAGCAGUCCACCAGCCAAAGAAUCCAAUUUUAGAGCUGCUAAAAAACUCUUUGGAAGUACCUUUGCAUUUCAUGGCUCUCACAUUGAAAACUGGCACUCCAUCCUGAGGAAUGGCUUAGUCGUUGCUUCAAAUACACGGCUGCAGCUCCAUGGUGCAAUGUAUGGGAGUGGAAUAUAUCUUAGCCCAUUGUCAAGCAUAUCAUUUGGUUACUCAGGGAUGAACAAGAAACAGAAGGUGUCAGCCAAGGAUGAGCCGGCCUCCAGCAGUAAAGGCAGUAAUACAUUACAGUCACAGAAAAAAGGACAACAAUCCCAGUUCUUGCAAAGCCGUAACUUGAAAUGCAUAGCCUUAUGUGAAGUUAUAACAUCACCAGAUCUGCACAAACAUGGAGAGAUAUGGGUCGUUCCAAACACUGAUCAUGUCUGUACAAGAUUCUUCUUUGUUUAUGAAGAUGGUCAAGUAGGAGAUACAAGCAUUAACACCCAAGAAGGAGGCAUUCAUAAAGAGAUUCUCCGGGUAAUUGGUAACCAAACUGCAACUGGCUAAAGGACCACUGUGGUUUCACUAUCAUGAUUUGAAAGCCUUCCUCGGUUUCAAAGCUGGAUUUUGAACUGAAGAAGAUAAAAAAAAUUGUUAUUACAAACAAAAUUAACCCUUUGAAUACCGAUUUUUUUCUUAGGAUUUCUAAUUCUCAUUAAAAUACCUAAAAUGGUAUGCAAUUUACCAACUGUAGGGGUAUGGAAUCUAGUAAUAAAAUUCAACAGCACUUAAACAAAAGUUUGGGCUGCUCACAAUAAAAAAAGAUUUAAAAAGGAGUUUUGUGCUGAUAUUUUUAUAUUAAGCUCUUUAAUUGGACAUUUUGGUAUUAUAUACCGGCAUUUUAAAUUUAGGUUAACCAAAAUAGAACAAAGAGAGAAUAUUUUAUAAUGGAGCCUACAUCUAUACAGGAUACUUUGCAAUAAGUAUUAUGUUUGUACAUUCUAAUGUACUAUAUUUAUUAGUACUAUGGAACAUUAGAAUGUCAUGGAAGGGAUGUUCCUUAUCCUAGUUGUUUUUUUUUCUAAAACAAAAAAUAACUAGGAUUUAGAUGCAGUUCCUUUCCCCCAAAAAAGUUAAGUAUAUAUGUGUUUUGCAUAUAUAUAAGCAUAUAUGUGUGUGUAUAAUUAUGACUAUAAAUAUAUUUAUACAUGCACACACAUAUGUGACCACACUGAUGGUGCAAACCUAGGAUCCUAUCCUCAUCCUGUAUGAAGACAGAAACUUCAAUAAUCAGUAAAUCUGGAUCUAAGUAAGAUAUGAGCCAACUCCUAGCCCCUUCAUUGGAAUUAUGGGUAACCUUUCAUUGAAAAUGUUUUGUGUACAAUUUUUCUAGUUGCCCAUGUUUUACAUAACAGGCUAAAGAAAAUAUUGUACAUAUUCAGCUCUCAAUGUGUGGAAGUUCAUCAUUUAAAUUUUGCCACCGUUUUGGGGGUUGAUAAAUUUCUACAUUAACUAAAUAUGAUGUUUAAUACUCAAUUUGAUGAUCAGUUAUUCAAAAUCAAUCCCUGAAAGUUUAAGCAGUAUUUUUUUUUCAUUUCCUACUAUGGGAAUGGAGGCAGUGUUGGUCAAUGGAAAGAGAACUGAACUAGAUUUCAGGAGGUGUGGUUUCUAGUCUUGGCCCUGUCAUUAAGUACCUUUGUGAUCUUGGGCAUCAAUUUCCUCAUCCAGACAAUGAGAUUAGAUGGAACUAAAUGAUUCCUAAGGUCCCUUCAAACUCUGACAUUGUGUAAUUCUAUUUUUUAAAAUAUUACAAUACCUUUGUGUUAUGUCAGAUUUUUUAGAUUUUUCCAUCUAAUACAACUUAUUUUUUUCAUAUUGAGAAAGAAGACAUAAAAGCUUCUUUUAUAUUAAAAGAAAGCCAAUAAGUUUAUAAAUUACAAUAUCCAUUCAAAUACCAGCUUUUUAAGAGUCACAUGCUUUUGAAAUCAUCCCUUUCCCCCCAUAUCCCAAGGUUCAUUGUGGAGCUUAAUUUAUAGUAUUCCAUUUGCUAAGGGAUCUUUGUGGAAUCAGUCUGAUUCUGUCAGCACUAACACUCAUGGGACUGCCGUGCAAUUCUGAGCCUGGAAUCAAGGUUUCUGUCUAUUAUUUCAUUAACACAAAUGUGAAUAUACACCUACCCCUCCCUAUACAUCAACUGUUGGUCAUUCGUACUCUGAUCCAACAAAAUCUCAUGUGAAAUAACCUCUGUUGAGCAUUUAAUAAAUUAGGAAAACUAUUAUACACACAUGAAUUCAAGCAGAAAAAUCAUUGAUGAUCACCGUUUGGAAAUAUUGAUGAUCAUAAUGAUAGCAUCUGCUUGCACCUGAUUACUGUUGAUCUUUGCUAUCUUAUACCUUUGUACCCAUGCCAUAUCUAGGAGUAGGGAUAUCUUGUAGAGGAAGGAGGUGAACCCCCAGUGUGAAUGGGUUCAUUUGGGGAACUUCUGCAAAAUAAAGGAAGGCUCUGCAUGUUUUUACCAAGCCUUUCCAAGUCAUCAAGGAAGUCCAUGCUUUACCUCCACCAUUUCAGUGAUAUAUAAAAAGGACUAAAUUAGCAUUGGAAUAAGAAGUACAUUUUUUAAGCCCCUGGAAAAGAGAACCCAUACAGUAUAAAACUAAUUACAAAGUUAACACAUGAAGAAAAAGUAGCUAUGUUUAAUGCUAUGCGAUAAUAUAAUGGAACAAAAUAUUUCUUUUAUCAUGUUAAACUUAAAAUAAAUUCUAAUGAGUGAAAAAAAAAUAGUCCUCUCCCAUGAUAUGGGAUAACUUUAGCAUAUUACAUUGCAGGUAUGACUGUUUUAGGUGAUGAGGUGGGAGAAUUAUUUAGCUGAAUCUUCCUGGGCAAAGUAUCUAAGCAGAAUUAAUUUUUAAUGAUCAAUUUACAAACAAUAUAUAUUUGAUGACAUUACAGUCCAGUGGUAAAGAGUGUCACAAUAUUAUCUUAAUCUAAUUUUAUUUGCCAAACAAUAUUGAUUUAGGAAAUAUUGUGACUCAGAAAUCCAGGGGGUUAUUUGUCAACUUUAAUAUUCAAGGGGUUAAAUAUUAUGAUUAUUUCUUAAUUCAGUAGCCCAAUUUAAAAAUAUUUGUUUAGUACUGAGACUUGUUCAAUGAUUCUAGAUUUUGAUGCUGUACUAGUGUUUUUUCUUAAUGACUUGAAAAUUGUUGACUGAUGCUGUAUGAUAAUUUUAUUAAUUUUGUACACGUGAUACUAAAGAAUCCACUGAACAAGCUAAUAUUUUAUUUUCAUUCAUGAGGAUGUGGUCAGGUAUAGGAGGUGGCGUAGAAAGGACAAAAAGAAGAGCUGGUUUAAAGAAUCUACUUUCUCCUCUUCAUUUGUAAACAUUAUACUACUUGGAUAGAUGUCCUUUUAUGACAUUAUGACAACAAAAGAAGUAUAUUCAUAUCAUAUUUGAAAAGAGUAAAAAGUAAUGAUGUGCUAAAAUAACCUAUUCAACUGGAAUUAGAUGAUUGCAUUUUAAUGGAAAGGGGUUUUAUUUCGUUUUGGUGGUGGUUGGCUUUGGCUUUGGUAAAUUGUUUAAACAAGUUAAGGUUUUUUUAAAUUAAAAUUUGAGAUAAAUAAUACAACUUUACAUCCUUAUUUAUUGUCAAGUAAUUUUUAAUUGCCAAGAUCAAUCCUAACACUUUCAUUUCAAACAAUAGAUAUUUGUCAUAAAAUAUUUUUUAAAUUUGGAGUAAAUUCUUUAAUUUUCUUCUCUGGCAAAAGUAAAAAGCACUAAAUGUGCAGUUUUCAUCAUCCAGUUAAUAUGUUGAGUGGAUUUUAGAAGUUUGAAAUGUGAUUAACAUAAUGUUAAAUAUAGCAUAUAGGCCAUGGGGACAGAAUAUUUAAGGUGCAACAUUCACAAUCCUUGUUAAGGAAUUUGGGUAAUUUCAUUUGUCCAUAAUUUGAUGUAUCAUAAAUUUUAACUUGACCCUAUGGCUUCAUACCCCUGAAUGGAUAUUAAUGUUAAGUUGCUACUUUGAGCAUUUUGGAACUAAUGACUCUUAAAAAAAUAUGGUGUAAAUCUGUCUUGACUCAAUAUUUCAUUACAACACUACCUCAGGAUAAAAGAGAGGCCAAUGUUUUACAUGAAAAUGUUUCUCCCUUUUGAGGAGCAAGAAGAAUAUCACAAAUUGGAAAAAUCAACUGCUUUGUAAUGCAGCCAUUCAUGGGCAAAGGAAUCAUCAACUUUGCCCCUCUUAAACUCUUGAGAAUACAGUGAGAUUCCUGUUUAAGACACUAAUGUCCAAAAACAGAGAUAAGUUCCAGUUCAAAACUAUUGAUUCCCUAGUUCCACUAGCUUUCUACAUUGACUGGUUUUUCAUACCCUUAGUGAAACCUCAACCCCCAGUGGGUGAAAAUUAGGAGGAGUGAAAUGGGCAACUUGUUUCAGUUGGCCAACUGAAGUUUCAAACUUUUUGGGCAGUUGAUUACUAGUGAUUUUUAUUUCUUUUGUCAGAAUGUAGAAUUGAUGUAUAUUAUUACCCAGCCAAUAUUUCUUUGAAGUUUUGUAUACAGUAUGAUAUAUUAGGUAUAAGUUUUUGUAGGUCAAAAGAAUUUAAGUAGCUUUUAGACAAAAUAUAUCUAGAGUGUGAAAAAGCUGUGUUGAAGAAUAGAUGACAUUAAACAUUUACCAGCAAGUCAAUAAAAGUAAUCCUGAUACAUUCAACAUAAUUUAAUGUUCUGAAAUUAUUUUCUUCAAUUUGCCCAAUAUUUACUGUAUCUUUGAGUAAAAAAAAAUACAGUCAUUCCUUUAUGUAAACAUUAAGAUAUGCCUCUGUUUCUUUAACUAUACAGCCUUCUUGACAAAUUUCUUGAAUUUUGUGCACAAAAUAGUAUUGCAGCCUGCUAUUUAGCCUCUGGUGCCUUAGAGUUAUUAUAAAUAUUUAACGAUAUGUACAUAAUGUAAAUACUGCCAAAAGAUCACUAAGGCCAAAUAUUUUCUCUAUCACUUUUUAUGGCACUUGCUUUCUAUUGCUACUUUAGCCUCUUUUAUCCAGCUUUGUAACAGUUAUAACAUUGUAGCCAAUGUAAAUGUUUACUUUCAAUAAAUCUGAAUUUGUUCAACAAGUACU